AGAAACAGCAGAAAUAGCGAUGGAAUAUAUAUAUAAAAUAGAGCGUAAUAAAUGCCACGUUUGCAACCAAAAGUUCUAUAAGAACCAAGAGUUGAUAGAUCACUUAAUGAAAGUCCAUGGACAUCGGACGAUAUUCAACUGCAGCGGUUGCGACUACGGAUGCAACAAAAGAAGAAAACCAGUAAUGCCGAUUCAGGACCGCCCUCGAAGUAUGUCCAGUGUGACAGACAUUCCCGAGGAAGUAGCAUCAUUGAAAAUCACAUGUAUGCGCCUCACCAAUGCAAAAGCUACAACUAAAGUUUCGAUAGGAAGAAAAAUUCGAAACAUUAUCACUGGAAGGAUCACGGACAUCGCAUAUGUAACUGCAACAAUUGCAAUUAUAUAUCUAACAGGACACAGCACUUGCAAUAUCACAUCGCACGAAAGAACAUGUACGAUUACGACUACGUGUGUAACAAGGUUGGCUGCAACAAGAAAUUCAAAUUCGAAUAAGAUCUGAAAACAUAAAAUAU